GUAAGCUUGUGCCCUGUCCACAGUCCUGCAAAGCAGGGCGGAAGCCCGGUCGACAUACCUUUUCUGCAAGUUCCGAUCCUUUCAAGAAGAUAUUGACAAGUCCGUUCACAACCGAACCACCAUCUUUGAUAGCACUAGUCCUGACCUGCUUGCUCGACUCGGCAAGGUUCAUCAUAGCUCCUAAGCUGAAGAUCAGCUUCUCCAUAAUCUCCUUCUUGUGUCCCUCGUCUGCCUCGGCCCCUAAUAGCUCAAAGUCACGCCCAAUGGAUUGCAAAAGGGGCAGAACAAAUGUUGGCUUGGAGAAGAGCUGACAGCUUUUGGGCCUGUCGUUUGUAAUGUUGAUACAAAGUCGGAUUGCAAGCUGCGUCGCUGUAGUUGACCCCUCUGCUUCAAAGACGAUGGGCAUCAAGUCCGCCAAUCGAGUCACGAUGCUGGCCGGCCAUGCCAUCAUCCUUUCUGUGGAUACUGCAAGUGACUCCAACAUUGACAACGAAGCCUCGAGUGUUAUAUAGUCUUGUGGGGUGGCCUUCCCAGCCUUGAUACUGGUGCAGCAGACUCCCUGCUUCCGGCUUGACGCAGCUGUAC